AUGGCUGAAAGUAAUAUCAGGUUUGAAGAACUCGUGAGAGGAGAGACUCCCGAAGAUAUCAAAGAAAGAUGUCUUGAGUUAUGCAAAGAGUAUUUGUCAGACAAUUGGAGACAACAAACAGUGGACACGAUUUCUGUGCGAAGAAUUACCGGCGGUUUAAGUAAUCAAUUAUAUUAUUGCGGAAUCACUUCGCCGUCCAUCGAGUCUACUGUAGCCCAAGAAGUGGUCAUAAGAUUAUACGGAAGCAAAUGGUUUAACAAUUUGAAUACUGAGGGGAAUGAAAGGAUCACUGAUAUGAGAAGUGAACGGUUGAGUGAUGUGAUCACAUCUCUUAUGGUUUCUGAGCAUAAUUUGGGGCCAAAAAUAUACGGACUCUUCGAUGGCGGACAGAUUCAACACUUUUAUCAUAUGAGAAACAUUAACCUCGAAGAUCAAAGUAAUUCAAAGUUUGCGGAGGAACUGUUCCGAAAGAUCGCUCGAAUCCACGCCAUAGAAACGCCUCUUCCUAAGAAAGAGUGGAUUCUUGAAGAAUAUAAUCUUCAUUAUAAGGAAGCGUUCAAACGGUUCCCAAUCAAUGAAUUGAUUGAUAAAUACAAUUGCAAAUCAUUAAAGGAAAAUAACUUGAAGAAUGAGAUUCAAUGGCUAAAUAAUUUGAUUACUAAAACCAAAAGUCCGAUAGUCUUCUCGCACAACGAUUUUUUGAGCCAUAAUAUAAUGGUCUUAAACAAAGAGACUGAUUCUGGGGAUCAGUUGCUUGUCAUUGAUUAUGAAUACUCGAGUUAUGGUCAAAGAGGAUAUGAUUUGGGAUCAGUUAUCGGCGAAUGGGGAAUUAGCUGA